AAGCGGUCCCGAUAUGAGGGAAAAAUAAAAACAGAAGAGCGUUUAAAAUUUAAAAGAAAAAAAAAAUUCAAGUAGGGUUUUGUGUUUGUGUCUUUGUGAUAAAAUAGUGAGAGGGAAUUCGAAGUUGGUAUUUGGCGGAAAAAAAUCGGAGGGACCGCAAGAGCGAAGCGUGGAAGCUCCCUUUAUGUUCACUCCUCAUCGCCGAUCACAUCUCAGGAGCGGAACUUACCAUAAUCUCGUUCGGCUUAUCUCCCUCUGCUAUGGCGAUUCUCCACUCGCUACUGCCCCUCCCAUUAUUCCUGUUCACCGAACACGGGAUAAUGGUAGUAACCAAAGUGAACCGGGUGGCAAUGAUAUCCGAGAGCCUGGUGAGUCGAUUGUCCAAGAUAGUAGCAAGCCUGCAAAUUUACCAGCUCAGGAAGGAACGGUGGUUGAUGCAGGUUUCAAGGGUGCUGUUUUCAAGGACAGCGGAUUUAGUGAUACACAAAUGGUAUUAGAUGAAAUAGAGCAGAUAAUGGAAAUAGAAGAAAGUCAGAAUUUUGUGAAUGGAAAUGAUCUGAUGGUUUGUAGUAGCACUGAAGGCACUGGUUUUCAAGAUGGAGAGAUUGGUCGGGAACAAAGUCUAAUGAAUGAGUUAGAAAAUAUCAUGAAAGGAAAUGAAGAUUAUGAUAAUAGUAAUAACUGCUUGGCCGCAUCAUUGGGCCAGAAUCUAGGUGAUAAUUGUGUGAGUGUAUCAAUGAAUAAUCAAGAAGAGCGUAUUGAACUUCCACUUGUUGUUGCGGAGGAAUCUGGAACAGCUGUUCAGCCACAGGUAUAUAUGGAAGGUGAUAAUCAAAAGAUUAUUGAAGCCUUUGAUUUUUCUUUAGACAAAAGUUUGAUAGUUGAAGUUUCAAAAUCAAGUGAGAAAGUUGAAGACCAAAGUUCCGUGUUGAAGAGUAAUGCAAUGCAUGAGAAAAUUGGAAUUCAGCAAAAAGAGAUGGAAUUGGAGAAGUUUGUUAGCUCUAAUGAUAGAAUGCCUUCUCCUGGACAAAUGGUUGAAAAUGGAGAGCUUGAAGAAGGAGAAAUUUUUGGUGACAUUCAGCUUGUUAAUGAGUCAGUUGAUAUACUCCUAGAGGAUGCUGUAGUAUCGGAAAAGAACGGAGAGGAGAAGCAAGUAGAUGCCUUUGACGAUAAAGUUCUUCAUUGUAAUGAAGAAAGCAAAGCUAAUAAUAAAGAUUCUGAGAUUACUUCCUUUAAUAUGAAUAUUGCUCAGAUUGCCAACAGAGUUUCAGAAGUAGAGUUUGAAGGUAGUGAGAGAGAUCAGAUGGUGUCUGAACAUGGAAGGAUGCACAGAAAGAAAGGUACAAAGCAAAGUGGAGAUGAAAAUCAAGUAAUUAAAUCUAAAAAGAAGAAGGAUGAUGGUGUCUGCAAUAAGACAAAACAGGGUUCAAAUCCUGCAGAGAAGAAAGAAAAGAAGAAGCGAAAUAAACGAAAGAAACGAGCAGAAAAAAAUCAACAGCUUGGUGUUAAAAGGUUGAAACUGCAGACAGUUCUGAAACCAAAAGCUGUGACUUAUUGUCGCCAUUAUCUGAAGGGAAGAUGCUAUGAGGGUGAGAAGUGCAAAUACUCACAUGAUACAGUGCCUUUGACAAAAUCCCAGCCGUGUUCUCAUUUUGCACGCCAAUCAUGCAUGAAAGGUGAUGAGUGUCCAUUUGAUCACCAGCUCUCCAAGUAUCCCUGUAUCAACUACAUGACCAAAGGCUUCUGCGGGAGGGGUGAUGAUUGUUUGUUUUCACACAAGAUGUCACCUGAGGGAGGUGUUGCAUCGUUAUCAAGUGCUCGUGAACUUCAACUGAAGUCAUCAUUGCAUGGUGAUUCUGAAAUGAGACUGAGUAUCAGAAAAAAUGUUGAUGCCUCGUCCUGUUCUAUAAGAGCUUUUUCUCAGAAAAGCAAGGAACAAAUUGUGGCUGGGACUCCAACUAAAACACCUGAUCUUGAUUGCAAAGGGGUCAACUCUCUUUUUGUUUCAAAAUCAUCUAUGGCUGAAUCAAGUAAACGUAAUCGUGGCAGCUCAUUUCAAAAUAUGAAAGAAAGUGGCAAAGUUGGGAUUCAAAGUAAUCUAAGCACGUCAGGUGUCAAUAGUCCUUGUGCUUCAAAGCCAUCUCUGAAGAUGAACAAAAGUGGCAGACUUGGGAUUCAAGCCAAUCAAAGUGAAUCAGGAACAAUUCAAAAUGUGAAUGAUAGUCCAAUGAGAAAAACAGAAGUGGUACCGAGAGGUAUAAAUUUUCUAUCAUUUGGAAAAUCUUCUUUAGAAGAUACCACUAGCAAAGUUAGUUUGGCAUUAAAUAGGGGAGUUGGAUAUAAGCAACAUCCCAGUGAAAACGAAGGUGAUAGAGGUAAACUCAGCAACCAGACAAGCCAAAGUACAUCUAGUACAGAUCAAAGGAAAACUGAUCCAACAGUGGUGCCACUGGGAAUAAAUUUUCUCUCUUUGGGAAAAUCGGGUAACUCUAGAAGUAAUGAAGCUAGCAUACCUUCCAGUUCAGAUAUUGUUAACAGUGGACCUCUUCAGAAGAGUAAUUAUGCAUCUGAUAAACGACAUAACACAAGUGCAAUAUCAUAUAAGUCACCAGUUUCUCCACGAACUUCUGGUCAAUCCUCAGAGUGGGUACCGCAUAAAAACACACCAAAUACAGCUCAGAAGGCUAUCAUUUCUACUUUAGCAUUUGCAAAAAAGUUUGAUGAUGUCAACAGUCGAUCUUUUCAUGAAAGUCAACAUUUGUCUGAUAAACAAUACAGCUCCAAUCCAAUCCCGUGGAAGAUGGCAGCUUAUCCGCUUGCUAUGGGUCAAUCUUCAGAGAAGAUUUCACAUAAAAACACACCAAACUCAGUUCAGAAGGCACUGAUGUCUACUCUAGCAUUUGCAGCAAAGUUUGAAUCUGGAAUGAAGAAAAAUCAGUCUGCUGUUAGUACUGGGGUUAAGAGUGAAACAACGGAUAGCAGAAACGAUGAAGGUUCAAAAAGUGACUUGGCAGAAACUUCAAAGCUUUUGGAUAUUUUGUCUAGCGUUGGCAGGAAAAUAAAGCAGAUGUGAUCACUUACAUUAUAAUGGUUAGUAUGGAUAAAGCAUUUGAAAAAUGGGUUUUGGUUUUGGGGGUUGGGGUGGGAUUACACAUGGAUAUUUCAUGUGAAUAAGAAUUGAUUAAAUCUAUAAAAUGGGAAGGCUGGUUGGUUCUGUCUGUAUAUCUGCCGUCAUAUGGCAUUCAUUUCAGUUAUUUUCAGCGCCAGUCAAGCAGGUGAAGCAUUUAAUAAGUUUCAUCAGUUUCUGCUGUCAGUUAACAGGGUAGAGGCUAACUGUUGAGCAUAAUAAUUCAUGGUAUAGGUGGGUUAUCGUCGCUGCCGCUUUACCAAUUGAUGGAGGUGAAAUACUUAUUUUCCCUGGAAAUUUAUAAUUCUUAAUCUUCUUCCUCCAAAUUCUAAAAUUUGGGCUUCCGGUAAAAUUCUCAGGUUGCCCCGUUCAGCCUCUGUUAUUCAAUGAGGUUACUUCUAGCAGUGAGCAGCCUAAGAAUCUCAAGUUUUAAUAAUCUGUGGUUGGCUAAAUGUCUAUAACUCCAGGGUGCGCUUAGUGAAUAUGAAAUCUCAUCCUCAUUGGUUCCUUAUGUUUUAUUCUUUGAUUUAGUUGAGCCUGGGUUCUCAUUAAGUCACUGACUAGCAAACUGAGCAAAUUUAGGGGAAAAACAUGUCAUGAUUUCACUUCCUUCAGCGAAGGCAAGUUAAGUUAAUUGCAUAUUGAUUUUUCUAUACGAAGUUAGCUUACGAAUGCAUUGCCUUUUACAACAAAAUAUAUGACAUUAUAGAUGAGAAAGAAGUCAUUGGAGUAAAUCACUUCAAUCUGAAGGACAACUACCCAAGUUACGGUAGGGAUCUCUAUUCUGUGAGCAUUCAUUCUAUCAGUUUUGAGUCUGUAGCAUAUGUCUCUCAUGAGAAAGAUUAAUCUUUUUUCUUUUGUAUUUUCGGGUUUAUCUUUUGGGCUUUAAGCAAGUUGUUUGCAGGUUUCUCUAGAUAUUGCAUUUCCUGACCAAAUCGAACCAAAGAAUUAUUGAAGAGCUUGAGACUACGGAUCUCUUACUUUUCAGAUGUUGCAGCCUAAUAAUCCAAGUAGUCUUGGAUCUGAUGAAGAUGGUAAAGGGUUUCCAUGUUAUUAUUGACUCUGGUUUCGGGAACCAGAAAUGAAAUUUGAUCUGUACAAAUGCUAAACUACUUAUUUGAAUUAUGUUCAGCUGGGUGCAUGUGAAUGAUUCUACUCACUGUGGAGUCAGGAGUGCAUGGAUUAAGGAUGGUGGAGCCCUCUGCCUUUUAAUUUGAAGAAAAUGCAUUAUUACCCUUGGCAAAGGCUAAGAAGCCUUCUUCUUGGUGUAAGGUUGGCCCAUCUUAUUUGAUAUUUGUAAAAAGUGACGCCACAUUCACCCAAAAGUUUGAAAAGGCGAAAUCAUAUAAAAGGAUCAAAUGUCUAUUUUAUCAACUUCUUUUUCUCUUUUGCUUUUCAUUCACAGAUUCAAAUUUUUUUGAAUAUCUUGGAUUAAACCAAGUUCUUCUUUUCCAUCGUGAAGAUCAUGAAUUCAAACGUUUUCCCUCUUAGAGGUUUGUCUCUUCUGCUAAUUGUCUAUGAUCCUCACUUAUCGAAGAACCAC